UAUCAUUAGCCCUAUAUGAGUAUAUAAUCUUUAGUAUAAUGCCGACGCGUUUUUCUUUAAACGCGUUCUUGUUCUUGACGGUGUUCUGUUUGAUUGUUCUGUUACCGUUCGCCGUUGGAAUACGGUUGAUUCCGGUGAGGAUAACGACCGUCGGUGGUGGUGGUGACGGCGGAAGAGGAGGAGGAGGAGGUAUUAAUGAUGGGUUUAGUAAACUUGGUCCGUUCAUGGAAGCUCCAGAGUACAGAAACGGCAAGGAGUGUGCGUCGUCUUCUGUGAACAGAGACAACUUCGUGUCGUCUUCUUCUUCUUCUAAUGAUCCUUCGCUUGUUCACGUAGCUAUGACUUUGGACUCUGAGUAUCUCCGUGGAUCGAUCGCGGCCGUCCAUUCCGUUCUCCGCCACGCGUCUUGUCCCGAGAACGUCUUCUUCCACUUCAUCGCGGCUGAGUUUGACUCGGCGAGUCCUCGUGUUCUGAGUCAACUCGUGAGGUCGACGUUCCCGUCGCUCAGCUUUAAAGUCUACAUUUUUAGGGAAGACACGGUGAUCAACCUCAUCUCUUCUUCGAUUAGACAAGCUUUGGAGAAUCCGUUGAACUACGCUCGGAACUAUCUCGGAGAUAUUCUUGAUCGGAGCGUGGAACGAGUCAUCUAUCUUGACUCGGAUGUUAUAACCGUCGAUGAUAUCACCAAGCUUUGGAACACGGUUUUGACCGGGUCGCGGGUCAUCGGAGCUCCGGAGUAUUGUCACGCCAACUUCACUCACUACUUCACUUCCGGGUUCUGGUCGGACCCGGCUUUACCGGGUCUAAUCUCGGGUGAAAAGCCUUGCUACUUCAACACUGGAGUGAUGGUGAUGGAUCUUGUUAGGUGGAGGCAAGGGAACUACAGAGAGAAGCUAGAGCAGUGGAUGCAGUUGCAGAAGAAGAAGAGAAUCUACGAUCUUGGAUCUUUACCACCGUUUCUUUUGGUCUUUGCGGGUAAUGUGGAAGCCAUUGACCAUAGAUGGAACCAGCAUGGUUUAGGAGGUUACCAAUAUGUUCAUCAAUUGAUUAGGUUUUAAUUGGGUUUAAGUUAG